AUGAGUUCGCUGCAGAACGAGUUGCUCCUGGAUGUGGAGGACAGCAUUGUGGUCGGCCUGUAUCAUUAUCUGUGGUUGAAAGAUGGGAAGGGUCGGGCAUGCCCCGAGGUCAACAUCCCGCACACGGUUAUCAUCAGCAAUGGCAGGCCCAAAACCUGGUACUUCACAAGCGGCAAAGAGCACUGCAUAAAACGCAAGAACCGCGCCAACAUCACAAACGCCAACAUCACGGACGCCCUCGCGCCGCGCCCAAAACUCUCUUCCACCUCCACCCUAAACACCAACCGCGCCAACACACGUAACAACAACUUCGCCUCCAAUCGCGCCACCACAGUGGCAUAUGGCGGAGGCAACAACAGCAGCAGCGGCGGCGGGACAGCGGACCCCAGCGCUGCACUGCUCGGCGCCUGGGGCGCCCCCUCCAACCCCCCAACGACCCAGCAACAACAGCUGCAGCUGCAGCAACAGCAAUCCCAAGCAGGCCACCGACGCAACAAAUCUGCGGAUGCCGCCGCCGCCGCCGCCGCAUUUGCUGACGGCGGCCGUGCCCCCGACGGCACCUGUACGGGCACCACCUUGGGCCCCUGGCCGCAUCACGGCGUCGUGGCUCGCUUCCAGGGCUCGAUGACCAACCCGCACAACGCGGGGGUAACUUCCAACCGGGGGGCUUCACUCGGGCGGAAAAAGAAAGGGACCGCCGCCGCCGCCGCCGCCGCUGCCGACGGCGGCGGUGACGCCAGCGGCGGCGGUCGCUUCCUCUGCGUCCUGACGGGGGAGAUGUACCCGGCGGCCACGGAACGGUACGACGUGACGUACAAGCAGUUGCUGCAGCACUGGUUUAGCCUGGCUUCUCAACUGCCUAAUGAAGGCGACAGGCUGCGGGCGAUGGACACCAUCCCCUUGGCCAUCCGCCGCGCCAACCCCUCCCUCACCCGGGAGUGGUACCUGAGGGUGCGCUCUCAACCCACGUUUCUGUACCGCACCGCGCCGGUCUGUGUGGAGGCGGCGGCGCAAAUAACCGGCAUGGCGCUGGAGGAUCUGCAGCGUGCGUUGCAGCCGACGCCGUCGGGCAUGAUGGGCGUGAUGGCGGCAGCGGCGGCGGCAGUCGGCGGCUCUGGGGCAACGGGCGGAACGGCUUGGCCACCGGCAGGGAGCCCCGGCGCGGCCGCCGCCGCCGGAGGUGGCGGCGGCGGCGGCGGCGGUGGUGGCAUCAGCAACUCCGGUAUGGGGAUUCUGGCGGGCUGGGCCGCCGCUGGCGCGGCCGUGCAGACCCAUGGGUCACCUCCCGUCACAGCGCGCGGACCAGUGGCGGAGGGACUUAGCCGUCAGGCCACCGCCAACACGUCCUUGCGCGUGCAGCUGGCGGCGUCGGGGUCUGUACGGCGGCCUUCCACGGCGCUACCGCCAGCGGGGCCGAGUAGCCAUUCCCUGCUACAGCAGCCCCAGACGACUCCUUUCCGGUCGGGCUCGCGGCAGCAGCUGCCGUCGGCGGCGCAUCAGCACUCACCGAAUUCACAGCCUGGCGCAGGGCCAUCCCGGAGGUUCAUGCCAAGAUCAAAGUCAGCCUCGCCCAGCGUAGCCUCAUCACGGCUGUCGGCAGUGGCCCACAACAAUGGCGGCGGUGGCGGCGGCGGUGGCGGUGGCGGUCUUCCAAGCAUGUUGGUUCCACGGGCUGAGAAUGAGAAGAGUGCAGGCAGUGGCUUGGGACGGGUGCCCUCCUUUCUCCAAGUAUACGGCCCCACGCCGGAGCAGGCGGCGGAGGCGGCGGCGAUCGCGGCUGCGUUGCCGUACGAGGUGCUGGACGAGGCGCGACAGCUGGCGGGUGCGGAGGAUGCGGCGGCGGCGGCGGCGGCGGAGACGGAGGGGGUUGAGACGGAGGGGGAGGAAGCGACCUCACCCCGUGGCGGCCACCGCCGCCUCCAGGGCGACGCGGCGGCGGACGCAGACGGCGGCGGCGGUGGCGGAGGCUGUGACCUCAGUGACGGCUCCGCCACGGCCGCCGACGGCUCCCGGACGACUUCCCAGGGUGACGCUGCCGGCUGCACGUUGGCCGCGCCAGCUGGCUCGCCCAACGAACCUCGAAACGCCGUAAACGCCACCACCGCCGCCGCCACCACCAGCGGAGGCGGCAGCCGCGCCGCCGCCGCUGGCCUAGGAGGUAGCCCGGGGCUGGGCUACGCCACCGCCGCUGUGACAGCUGCAAAUGGUGGUGGCGGCGGCAGCGGUUACAGCCCCCCUCGGCCCGGCCGUUUGCCCGGACGUAUGUCCGCUAGUUCUGAGAUCACGGAGAUGGGCUCCAUCGCCUCCUUCUCCGACCCAUCUUCCCCUAGUGUCAACCACGCGAGUUAUAACCACUUGCACGGCCACGGGCAUGGGCACGCGUACUCGCACACGUACUUGCACCCGCCGCCGCCGCUCGCCAGUAGCGGUGGCGGCGGCGGCGGCGGCGGCGGCAGCGCCGCCGCCGUCGGGUCUCCAGGCUCCAUUGGAGCGUCGCGGAUGUCGCCGCCUCGUAGCGCCGGAGCGCCGACACUGCAUACAAUCCACGAGGAGGGCGCCGCCGCCGUACUGCCACCGCCGCCGUCGGCUUCCUCCCGACGCUCCGGAUCUCCGCUUGUGGGCGGUACGGAAUUGCUCUUCCCGCCGCCGUCGCGCGGCGGCUCUGGCUCGCAUUCCGUACCUCGCAUGCGACCACCCGCUAGGCCCGGCAUGGAUCGCCAACUUGCCGCCGGCAGCAGCGGCGGCGCCGGUCGGCGGCAUCCCGGUCCACCGCCGACGUACGGCCAUAGCGGCGGCGGAGCCGCCGCCACUGCCGGCGGCGGCCUGCAGCGCGGCAACAGCUUGAGUGAAAGCGGCGACCUGCCGGUGCUACCGGGGACUGCGGCGGCGGCAGCCGCCGCCGCCAGCUUGAACAGUACGAUGGCUUCAUCCAUCGGCAGUCUUAGCCGUCGCAGUACGAGCAACCAGGCCGUACUGUCGACGGAAGAUAUACGGACGCUGCGGGAGUUGAGCGAGGCUUACACCGCCGCGGAACGCCUCACUCAGCAGCUGCUUGCGCAGGCGCACGAGAUCCUGUCCGAAGACGGCGGCAGUCGACCAGGCAGCACCGGCACCAGCCCCAUGCACGGUGCCCGUCAGGGCCGUACGGCACCGAGCCCCCGCGCGCUGACGCCCACUAGCCGCCCCGGCACCGGGAACAGCGGCUUCUCCGGCACCCGGCAGCCUAGCGUCAGCUCAACAGGAACCGGUACUGGUACUGGCGGCGGCGGCGGCGGCAGCCGACUGAUGCGGCUUAGCAGCGGGUCUGGGCGGCCGGGCACGACAGGCACACAGCGUCCCAGUAGCUCCUCCCUGCCGACGGCGCAGCCACCGCCAGCGUCAGCAACAGGACCGACGACGGCGGGAGUAGAGCCGUACGUCAACCGGACAGGUAGCGGACGUAGCGUGGGCAGCGGCAGUGGCGGCGCCGGCGACGCUGCCACACCGCCAGCUACAGCACUGGCGGCCGCUUCACUGGUUUCGGCGCCGGGUCAGGCCAUAUCGCCGGGGGCGGAUCUCAUCAUGGGGCUCGGCAGGAGCUCUCCGGGCACGGGUGAUGGCGGCGACGGUGGUGUCGUGGCGGCGGCGGCGGCGGCGGCGGCACGUCACUCACCAGGCGAUCUGGAUCUGUUCACCUCCGCUGAGGCGGAUCUGUUGGCGGAAGCUCUCCAGGAGUAA